UAGCAUAUUCAUCAUUUAUCAUCUUUUCUCUCUCUCUCUAGAUUUGUUAAUUUUUGUUGAGAAUCAGAAUGUUUAUCGAGAGUUUCAAGGUCGAGAGCCCCAAUGUGAAGUACACAGAUGGAGAAAUUCACUCUGUUUACAACUAUGAGACGACAGAGCUUUCUCACGAGAAUAGGAAUGGUUCUUAUCAAUGGAUCGUCAAACCCAAGACCGUAUCCUACGAGUUCAAUACCCAAACACGCCUACCCAAGCUUGGGGUUAUGCUUGUUGGCUGGGGAGGAAACAACGGAUCGACCCUGACCGGUGGUGUUAUUGCCAAUAGAGAUGGAAUCUCUUGGGCAACAAAGGAAAAGGUACAAAGAGCCAAUUAUUUCGGUUCUCUUACUCAAGCCUCUGCAAUUCGUGUUGGUUCUUUCAAUGGAGAGGAGAUUUACGCCCCUUUCAAGAGCCUUCUUCCUAUGGUGAAUCCGGAUGACAUAGUUUUUGGGGGAUGGGACAUUAGUGACAUGAACCUGGCAGAUGCCAUGGCCAGAGCCAGAGUGUUUGAAAUUGACCUGCAGAAACAGCUUAGGCCAUACAUGGAAUCCAUGGUCCCACUACCAGGAAUCUAUGAUCCAGACUUCAUAGCUGCAAACCAGGAGUCACGUGCUAACAAUGUCAUCAAGGGAACAAAGAAGGAGCAGGUUCAGCAAGUCAUCAAAGACAUCAGGGAGUUUAAGGAGAAGAACAAGGUUGACAAGGUGGUUGUGCUUUGGACUGCCAACACCGAGAGGUACAGCAAUGUGGUUGUGGGACUUAACGAUACUGUGGAGAAUCUCAUGACAUCCCUGGACAAGAACGAGUCGGAAAUCUCACCUUCUACCUUGUUUGGAAUUGCUUGUGUCCUUGAGGAUGUUCCUUUCAUCAAUGGAAGCCCACAGAAUACCUUUGUUCCAGGUCUCAUUGAUUUGGCAAUUCAGAGAAACUGCUUGAUAGGUGGAGAUGAUUUCAAGAGUGGACAGACCAAGAUGAAGUCUGUUCUGGUUGACUUCCUUGUUGGAGCUGGUAUUAAGCCAACUUCAAUAGUAAGCUAUAACCACUUGGGGAACAAUGAUGGGAUGAAUCUAUCAGCCCCACAAACAUUCAGAUCGAAGGAGAUUUCGAAAAGUAAUGUGGUUGAUGAUAUGGUUGCUAGCAACAGCAUUCUUUUUGAGCCCGGGGAGCAUCCCGAUCAUGUUGUUGUCAUUAAGUAUGUGCCAUAUGUGGGAGAUAGCAAGAGAGCUAUGGAUGAGUACACUUCCGAGAUAUUCAUGGGUGGGAAGAGCACCAUUGUCAUGCACAACACUUGCGAGGAUUCUUUGUUGGCUGCUCCAAUCAUUUUAGAUUUGGUCCUCCUUGCAGAACUCAGCACCCGAAUCCAGUUCAAGGCUCAAGGAGAGGGAAAGUUUCACUCGUUCCAUCCCGUGGCUACUAUCCUCAGCUAUCUCACCAAGGCUCCUCUUGUACCAGCAGGAACACCAGUGGUGAAUGCGCUGUCGAAGCAAAGGGCGAUGCUGGAGAACAUAAUGAGGGCAUGUGUUGGUUUGGCUCCAGAGAACAACAUGAUCAUGGAGUACAAAUAAAGUGUCUGUCUUUGUGUUUGCGUUUGAAUUCAAUAGUAGUAUUACUAUUUAUGUAUUUUUCAUAUGUUUAAAAAUAAUCAUUCUAUGUUUAUCUGAUGACCUGUUUUCUGUUGGUUCUUAUUCUCCUCAUCUUGAGAUAGAACAACAACAACAGUGUUGUCAAUAUCAUGUGUGUAUGAAUGAAACUUAUUAUUAUUAUCUUGUUUCUAUUUUAUUCUAUGUUUCAAC